AUGGCAAUAAAAUCCGGAUUGGGAUCCCGUCUCCAUUCCCGUCGCCGCCAAACCUGUGUCCUCCUCCCGUCACCAUUCCCGUCGCCGCCGAAUCGGGAUCCCGUCUCCAUUCCAGUCGCCGGCCGCCCUCCCCCUGCUACUCCUCUGCUCUGCGCCUCCAAGUCCCCACCUCCCCGCCGACGGCCGACGUUUGAAUCCACACCGCGCCGCCCUCCCCCUGCUACUCUGCUCCGCGCCUCCACAUCGCCGCCUCCCCCCGACUCCAGUCCUGCCGCCCUUCAGUCCCGCCGCCCUCCUCCUUCUCCUUUGCUCCGCGCGUAG